AUGACGGACACAGCAGCUCCAGUAAACCCUACAGACCUUGGAGGGGAUAAGAAAUUAUCAAACAAAGAGCUUAAGGAAUUGAAAAAGAAGGAAAAAGCCGCCAAAAGAGCUGCGCAAAAGGAGAAAAAUGGAAUUUCAGUAGAACAACAACGACAACUAGCCGAUGAGAAAAAGAAGCUCUCACAAUCUGCAACGUCUAACACUGCUUCAAACUUGAAGAAGCAAUUGAAUCAAACGCUCAUCAGGACAGACAAAAAGGUUCCUCAUUUGUUUGGACAUUUGGAGACUCGCGAACAAAGGAAUGCCUCGUCGCCAGCUAUUUCGCAUAUUGUUCAUCCGGCAAUAAUCGCAUUGACAUUGAAGUAUUCAAGUUACAUCAUUGUGGGGUCUCUGUCUAGAUUGGUUCAUAUGCUUCGCGUUUUCAAACAAGUUAUUUCGGAUUACAAAACACCGGAACAUGCAACACUCACAAGACACUUGACCGGUCACUUGUCGCAUCAGAUUGAGUUUCUCAAAUCUGGUAGACCAUUAUCAGUUUCAAUGGGGAAUGCCAUUAGGUGGUUGAAGCAAGAAAUUUCACAUGUUUCAAUAGAUACUUCCGAAACUCAGGCUAAACAAUUACUCUGUCAAAAAAUUGACGAUUUUUUGAGGGAAAAGGUUGAGCUUUCCGAUCAAUUGAUUGUUGAAAGUGCUGCAAAACAUGUCACCAAUGGUGCCACAAUCUUAACUUAUGGGCAUUCUCAAGUUUUGGAGGAUCUUUUCAAGUUUUGUGCUUUGGAGCAAGGUAAAAAGUUUAACCUAGUGAUAGUGGACUCAAGACCCUUAUUUGAGGGGAAAACUUUGUUACGAGAUUUGCUGCAAACAAAGUGUAUCGAUGAAUCAGGAGAGGAAGUUCCCAUAACGCAAAAAUACAUUACUGUGCAAUACGUUUUGCUCAAUGCGUUAUCGUCAACGUUGUUGGAUGAUGUUGAUUGCGUUUUCUUGGGUGCCCAUGCAAUGCUCUCCAACGGUCGUCUAUUUUCAAGAGUGGGCACGGCGAUGAUUGCCAUGAUGUGCCACACAAGGAACAUCCCCGUAUUGACGUGCUGUGAAUCAAUAAAGUUUUCGGACAAAGUGCAAUUAGAUUCAGUAACAAAUAAUGAGCUUGCAGACCCCGAUGACUUGAUAAACAACGACAACAGCGCUAGGAAGCCACCACAGAAAAAGACAUUUGCUUUGGAACAGUUUUUGAAACAGUCCAGUACGGAAAAGGCAAAGGACAAGAAGGAGGGAAUUGAUGAGAAACAAAACCAAGACGAGCCAUUGCGUGAUUGGAAAAGCCUUCCUGCGUUGAACAUUUUGAACAUUAUGUAUGAUUUGACACCCCCAGAGUAUAUCAAUAAGGUAAUCACUGAACUUGGUGCAUUGCCACCAUCAUCAGUGCCUGUCAUCUUACGAGAAUAUAAAAGUACAUAG